AUGUCACACUUUAAAUAUAUACUAGUUGCUACAUCAUACUUGUAUAAAUAUGUUUUCAGCGCUCUUAGAAUUGAUGAAUAUAAUAUUAUAUUAAAAACAGUAGCAAAGCUCCUUAGAAUACAAUCAAAGUUAAGUAUAAUUUUCAUUGAUGCUAUUUGUCAACGAGAAAAUGCAGUAUGUUCACGUUUGUAUAAAGAUAAAAAAGGAUCUUGUUGGCCAUUGAAGUCUCGGUUACUCGAUGAAUAG